AGAUGAGAAGGGGGGAUGGGCUGGUCUUUGUAUAGAAAAACGAGGCUUCAUUAGGGGGACAGACAGACAGAUGCAUUCAACAUCUGGGUGACAUGCAGACGGAGAGACAUCAACAACAUCUGUAAGAGAGUGCGGUGUGGAGUCUGUGACAGCCAAGGAAAGACAAACACACAGCAUCUGCAGAGGCAGCAGGAGAAUCUGCAGCAUCUGUGACAGAGACCAGCAUCCCCCAGGGACCAGGGACCCACAGCAGGACAGGACCAGGCAGUAUGGUGCAGCCCACCCUUCUGUGUGUCAGCUGUCUCCUGCUGAUCAGUGUUCAGUGCAUCUCAGCAUGGCGUCCACAGCUGGCACUAUUUUGUGGCCGGGUGCCCCUGCAUAUGGACCUGAUGAGUGGAGACUGGGUGCCAGACCCUCGUGGAAUAUGCAGCUGUCUUGGGAGCAAGGAAGAGAUUUUACAGUACUGCAGACAGGUUUACCCUGAGCUGCAAAUCACCGGAGUUGCUGAAGCUGCUACGACAGUUACAGUGACCAAUUGGUGUCCGAAGCAAAGGUUAGAGUGCAAAGGUCACCAGCACAUUGUGGUCCCAUAUCACUGCCUGGUAGGUGAGUUUGUCAGUGAUGCUCUUUUGGUACCAGACAAGUGCCGGUUCCUGCACCGUGAGCAGAUGGAUGUGUGUGAGAGUUACCAGCACUGGCAUGAGACAGCCCGUGGGGCAUGUGCUGCCGAAGACCUGGAUCUACACAGCUAUGGCAUGUUGCUCCCGUGUCACCCUGAUCAUUUUCGUGGAGUAGAAUAUGUUUGUUGCCCAACUCGACACCCACCACGACCAGAGCCCACCAAGGGACAACCAUACACUGAGACAGAGCCACAGGACACAGAGAAAGGAGAUGAUGGUGAGGCUGAUGAGGAUAUUGCUGAAGUAAUAGAGGAGGACGGAGAAGACACAGUAGGGGCUGAUGCAGAUCAGAACUCGCAUGUACCGUGGGAUGAUUAUUUUGUGGGACAAAGAUACGAGGAGGAGACAACCAGUGCUGCCCCCACUCAUCCCCCAGAGGUGAAAGUUUCCCGUCCAACUGAUGGAGUUGAUAUCUACUUUGAGUCACCGCGGGAGGGUUCUGAACACGCCAACUUUCUUCGUGCAAUAAUGGAGCUGGAGGAGCGACGCAUGAAGCAGAUCAACGAGGUGAUGAAGGAAUGGGCUGAGGCAGAUAACCAGGCUAAGAACCUGCCCAAAUCUGACCGACAAGCACUGAAUGAGCAUUUCCAGUCCAUUCUACAAACCUUGGAGGGACAGAUCUCUGCUCAGCGCCAACGACUUGUAGAGACGCAUCUGGGCCGCGUGGUUGCAGCUCUGAAUGAUAACCGCAGAUCGGCACUGGAGAACUACCUGGCAAGUGUGCAGGCCACACCCCUAGAACCAGAGCGUGUUUUGCUCGCCCUGAAGCGAUACAUCCGCGCAGAGCAGAAGGACCAGCGUCACACAGUGAGACAUUACCAGCACGUUAGCAGAGCAGAGCCAGACAGAGCUGAGACCAUCCAGUUCCAGGUUCUCACUCAUCUCCGUGUCAUUGAAGAACGAGUCAAUCAGUCCCUCUCACUUCUUUAUCGUAACCCUCAGCUGUCCCCUGAGCUACGAGACCAAAUUGAGACCUGGCUGCACACAGAGUGGGUGGAAGCCAGAGACCUUCUCAGCACAACACAGAAGAAGAUGAAUGAAGAUAGUGACUACACAGAAAUCCGAGUGCCGCCUCAGAACUCUGCAGAGACAUCACAGGGAGAGGGUGAGGACUCUCAACAGAUUGAAAGAAAAGGCUCAGCAGUCUGGGAUGUAUACUCAGAUUUCCCCCCAAGUGAGCAAGCACUCAGCUUCCCAGCACAAAAGGAUAAUGCGUCCAUGAAGCAGGUUCAUUACCAGGCUGAGGAUAUGCAGAAGGAUGAGAUGGAACCAGACACUCUUGUCACAUUUAAUCGGGGCGCCCUGAUUGGCCUUUUGGUGGUAGCUAUUGCUGUGGCAAUGGUGAUAAUUAUUAGCCUCCUGCUGAUCCGACGUAAGCCCUACGGGACCAUCAGUCAUGGAAUUAUAGAGGUCGAAGCUUCCAGAUGCCCCGAGGACAAACACCUAAGUAAAAUGCAGAACCAGGGCUAUGAAAACCCCACCUACAGAUACCUGGAAGAGAACAACUGAACAUGAGCCUUAUUCUAGGGCUCGGGUGUGAUAUACUGUUUGUUUGUUUUUGUUUUGGGGUGGGAAUUUCAUUUGAAGAAAGUUCUAGAGAGAAUACAAGAUACAGGGAAAAUGUACUACAAGAAUCACCAAAUAGGGAGCAUUGUUACUCCCCCUUCAAUAGAUAGAAAGUGAUGCAUCCCAUAAGGGAGCUGAAAUUAAAAGAAAGAAAAAAUGGAAUAAAGCCAAAAAUAGUGAUAUGUUGUAUAUAGGAAAGAACUCAAGAUGUUGAUAAAUGGGGGACACUUGGGACAGAGCGGUUUGACCCUUCAGCUGCCAGAGAGGGUUAGAGUCGUUUCCGAUCUCUCUGGAAGUCAAAGGGUCAAAGUGUUUGCCUCUCUCCCCUGUAAAUGCACUUAAAUUAUUUAUAACUUAGAAGGGAAGAGUCAGGCAGCGCUGUAGCCUUCAGCUGUGGGACAUCCCCCCACCCCCUUGCUAGCACUAGUGAAGCAUCAUCAUACCGCCAGAUAUGCCAGCAGCACAAAGAUAGCGCGUCCGAUGUACAGAGACUGCUUCUCCAUCGCAUUCAGAUGCCUCCUUAUUUAUUUAAUAGUUUGACUUGUCUGUGGCCGAGUAGUUAUAAUCCCCAAUAACCUCACCCUACGCUUAUCCAUGGCUCCUCUAGUCUCCAAACCACGGCAACGUUCAUUUCUGCUAAACGCUAUUGCUUUAUUGGGUGUUGGGAGACAAAGGACUGCUUGGUGCUCUCUCGCUGUGGACUGGGGUGAUGGGAAGGGACCCUAGAGUGAACACAGUUAUGGGGGAGACUGUGUUUUAUGGCACUUUAGACUCUGUAUUAAUUAUUUUGCCAUAUUAAUAACUUCCUUAAACACUGACAA